AACCGUCACCGCAAUCGUCUCCCGCCGAAGUUGCGGCUGCUGGCUCUCGUUGAGAUCCGCCAUCUCGACGAGACGAGGAAAAGAACCCGACAAAAAGGAAAAGGAAGGGAGGAAAGAAAAGUCAAUCGAUAUAUGCCAUUAUUAUACGAAUCCCAGCGGCAGAAGAAAAGACCCUGCCAAGGGGCGAGAAAAUCCCAAAUACGGAUGGCUGUGAAGGAAGCCAGGCCAUGGCCUUCUGUGCAGAGAGAAGAUCGCCCGAACUGGCGUGCUCGCUUCUUCAGCCUUUCGCUAUCGACCUGCCGGACAGCUAAUGGUAAGUGCAGGACCUUGAAUCUCGACCCCGACCAACCCCUGUUCCCCGCAGAAUUAAUCAAUAUCGAGAAAUGA